AUGAAGAGUUUCCGAUGGAGUAUGAUCGUCACUUUAACGUUCUUAUCCCUUUCCCCAUUUUUGUUUGGGAAGGGUAAUGGACCAGUACACAUCGAAGCCUCUAAUUCAGUUUCCGCUUUCGUCCAAAACGCAAUCUAUUCCAACAGAAUCACCAUCUUCUCCAAAUCAUAUUGCCCGUACUGUUUGCGCUCUAAACGUCUGUUUGCUGAACUAAAUGAGAAACCUUUUGUGGUUGAGCUGGAUUUGAGAGAUGAUGGGUAUGAAAUUCAGGGUGUUCUUUUGGAUUUGAUUGGUAGAAGGACUGUUCCACAAGUAUUUGUCUAUGGCAAGCAUAUUGGUGGAUCAGAUGAUCUCAGUGCUGCAGUCCAGAGUGGUGAAUUGCAGAAACUUCUCAAAGCAAGUUGA